AUGCGUGCAAUAAUUAUUUUAUGUUUGUUAGCAGUUGCCUGUGCGGAUAAAUUAGGUUAUAAUUACCAGCCUGUAGCGCAUUCAGAACAAGGUCUCUCGUUCGUUCCAGGUGCCAGUGGACAUGAAAUACGUGGCGAAGCAUCCAUACAACAAGCACCUAUACAACAGACAUCAUCUCAAGUGUCCCAGCCUGCACCAUUAAUUGAAGAAUAUGAAAAAGAAUUUUAUAGUUAUUCUGCUCCGGAAGAAGAAUUUGAUGAUGGUGCAUCUAAUCAAAGAAGUAGUAAUUCUUUGAAAAGAAACUUACGUGUUUUAUUCAUAAGAACACCAGAAAAUCAAGGACUUGCAAAUGCUGCCCUAUCCUUAGCCAGACAAGCUACUGAUGAAAGAACUGCAAUUUAUGUCCUUACCAAACAAGCUGACGUUGGUAAUUUAGCUAAACAACUUGAGAAUCAAAAGUCACAAUCAAGAAGUAUACCUGAAGUACACUUCGUUAAAUACCGCACACCACAAGAUGCCGCUCACGCUCAGCAGGCCAUACAGUCGCAGUACAACUCUCUGCCUGGUGCUUCACACAGCGACCAAGGAACCGCUAAUGUUUUGAAUUUUGCUUCGAAAGCCACUGGCCCAGCUACUAACACUGCCCCAGCUAGUCCUCAUGCGCAAUAUCUACCAGCAAACCCGGUGCCAAGUCAACAGUACUUACCAUCUAGUUUGCGAAGAUUGCGUUUAUAA